AUGCCAAUGCCACAUCAACUGGGAGGCCGAAACGUCCUGAGGCGAACUCCGGUCUUCCUCGUCAUCGGCGUCCUGUUCACCUGCAACCUCUUCGGCCUCCUGAUCUUCAACCGCCUAGAACACUCGGCGCAGAACAGUCCGUCGGGCAAGCACCCGAACCAAACGACCGCACCAAACCACCGCUGGAGGUACGGACAAUCGGGCGACGUCCUCUUGGGUGCAACCGAAGACCGCGUCCACAUCCUAGACGUCCUAGCCAGCAGGGCACCCUUCAAGUUCGACGUCGACAAGCAGUCGCUUGAUGCCAGCCGCAAGUACAAGAUUGCUCGUAGGCUCCUGUCGCCCCAAGCGAAACUAGCACCUCAAGACUGUGGUGGAAACGUCUGUCUCGCGACGCAGGGCUCCCUAGACCGCCUCUCCUGGCUCGUCGACCUUGUCCAGCUCUGGAACGGGCCGGUGUCGCUGGCGGUCUUCGUAGCCAACUCGACGCAGUUCCAAGCCGUCAAGCUGUACCUUUCCCUCAUUCGUUUCUGUUCGGAAGCCAUCAAGACCAACAUGCGAGUGGAUCUGGUGUAUCCGGCUGACGAGAACCUUACCAGGAAGACCGUGUGGUCGGACGAACUCGGCUCCGAUUUUUCUUGCGGCACCCACGCAGUUCUCCUGAAGGCUCUACAGAACGUCGGCAAGACGAAAGUUGUCAAGGGAAGUGCGAAACCGAUGCUCUACCCUCAGAACCAUCUCCGGAACGUGGCCAGGGACGGCUGCGCCCAGAGGUAUUUCUUUCUCACGGACAUCGACAUCAUGCCGAAGCCGGGACUCUGGGAGGAACUGUCCCACUUCUUCGGGCGGACCCUUCCGUGUACAAAGUGCGUGUUUGUGGUGCCCACUUACGAGAUGUCGGAUACUGCGCCGGUACCCAGGACGAAACGGGAGCUUUUGCACCUUGUCCGGCGGAAGGAGGCGAGGCCUUUCCACCAGAAGUCCUUCAUCCCCAACCAAUACGCCACGAACCACGGCAUAUGGGAAGGCCUGAAGCAGCACGGCGACGGACUCCGUGCCGCGUACAGCGUGAAGAGGUACGAGUUCUUCUACGAACCUUUCUAUGUGGCUGCCAAAGACGUGCCUCGCUAUGACGAGAGGUUCGUCGGCUACGGGUUCACCAGGAACACUCAGGUGUACGAGACCCACCUGGCCGGGUUCGAGUUCCGGGUGCUGGACGAAGCCUUCGCCGUGCAUCGCGGCAUGCAGAACAAGCGCAGCAUAGGCGUCUGGAAGGAGCGCCAGAACGACCUGAACCGGAAGCGCUUCGUCGUCUUCCAGAGGGACAUGAAGAGGAAGUACCGGCUCACAACGAAGAAGGCCACGGCACCCGCUCCAACGACCAGCAAGACUCCGUCGUCAUUCUCCAAAACGCUGCAGGGUUCUCUCCGACUAGCGCCUUCGUCUUGAACUAGCUCUUACGGUCUCUUGCAACGUAAGAUCAAGGGAAGAGGCUCUGCCCACAACGAGCGAAGCUCCGCCGCACAUGAGGGCGGUGGACCAGCAGUUCAUCUCCUGGUAAAAUAAAGUACUGUGGCAUGCG